GCCAUCUCUCUGCACCUUUCCCGGCCACUCAGACCGUACCUUUGACACAACCACACCCGCGCCCUCCUCCCACAACGCGCCUAUACCAAUCCCUUGACGACUCAUUGGGCACUGCGCAUACCUCUCCUGCAUAGAGCCGCUCUCCACACUCAAUUUCCCUGCGCCGUCCGGUUUCCAGACGCACCUGACAGACGCGCACCCAGCCCACCGUGUCGCACUUGCGCAACCCAGCCCACGCCAUGGAUCAAGUCAACCUCCAGGGCCACGGCCAGCAGAAGAUGCGCCCGGCCACUGCUGCGCCCCGCAAGUACGACGGCCAGCAAGGCAAUCCGCUCUACGACCCUGCCAAUGGCGGUCACUAUGGCGCAUCCGCAGCUAUUGCCGCGCAAAACCAAGCUCCAGAUCCGCAGCUCUUCACCGGUUCCUGGCAGAAUGUGAACCAAGGCCUCACGGGAAACUACCGCGACAUUCUCAACACGUACUGGCAGCAACAAGUAACGAAGCUCGAGACGGACGAACAUGACUACAAGCUGCACCAGCUCCCGCUCGCCCGCAUCAAGAAGGUCAUGAAGGCGGAUCCCGAGGUCAAGAUGAUCUCUGCCGAAGCGCCCAUCCUAUUCGCCAAGGGAUGCGACAUCUUUAUCACGGAACUCACGAUGCGUGCGUGGAUCCACGCCGAGGAGAACAAGCGUCGCACUCUGCAGCGCUCCGACAUUGCCUCCGCACUGUCCAAGUCGGACAUGUUUGACUUUCUUAUCGAUAUCGUCCCUCGUGAAGAGGCGCAUCCACACAAGAGAAGCGCGGGCCAAAACGCGGCCGUGCAAUCGUCGGCUGCAGUGGUUCCUCCCGGCGGCAUGCCUCAGCCUGUGCACGCCCAGCAUCCAAUGGCUCCUCCCGACUACGGCAUGAACCAACACCUUGCCCAGCAAGAGGACUACCGGCAGUCAUCCAUGUAUCCAGGACCUGUGCAGGGCGACCCGAGCGUGUAUGCGCAGCAGGGCAUGUUUGAUCCCAAUGCGUAUGGCCCAUACGGCGCCAUGGGGCAGCAGCCUCAGAUGUACGCAGUUGGCCAGCGCGGGCCAGAUCCCAAUGCUGGCGACCCACAGGGCUUUGGUCGGUAUGGCGAGGCUGACGCUGAUGAUGAUGCUCAGGGCGAGCGCGUGGACGCGGACAACUAGUUGUUGGCCGAGCCUCUGGCCCCCAGUGAUGGCUAGUCGCAAUGCUGGCACGACAGAGUGUGCUGUUGUGCGCUGUUGUUAAAUUGAUCUUGAAUAUGGCGUUUAGGUACGGUGUUUGGGCACACGGCCGCGGAAUGGC